CCGGACACGAGACUCCUGGGUAUUCCGGAAGCGAGCCGUGGGCCGGCGUGCGGUGGGCUGCGGUGGUGGGCGCGGCCGAGGCCUGCGAGACGGAGUGCGGCUGGGGCCCGGCGUCCGCGCGCGAGGUGGAGCGUCAUGGACGAAGCCGGCAGCUCUGCCAGCGGUGGCGGCUUCCGUCCGGGCGUAGACAGCCUGGACGAGCCGCCCAACAGCCGCAUCUUCCUGGUGAUCAGCAAGUACACGCCGGAGUCGGUGAUCCGCGAGAGCUUCGCGCCCUUCGGGGACAUCCAGGACAUCUGGGUGGUGCGCGACAAGCACACCAAGGAGUCCAAGGGCAUCGCCUUCGUCAAGUUCGCCCGGAGCUCGCAGGCCUGCAAGGCCAUGGAAGAGAUGCACGGGCAGUGCCUUGGCCCCAACGACACCAAGCCCAUCAAGGUUUUUAUUGCUCAGUCACGAUCAUCUGGAAGUCAUCGAGAUGUUGAAGAUGAAGAACUUACAAGAAUCUUUGUUAUGAUACCAAAGUCCUAUACAGAGGAAGACCUGCGAGAAAAAUUUAAGGUGUAUGGUGAUAUCGAAUAUUGCAGCAUUAUUAAGAACAAAGUCACUGGAGAGAGUAAAGGUUUGGGCUAUGUAAGAUAUUUAAAACCAUCACAAGCUGCACAAGCAAUAGAAAACUGUGAUCGAAGUUUUAGGGCAAUCUUAGCUGAACCUAAAAAUAAAGCGUCUGAAUCUUCAGAACAAGAUCAUUAUAGUAGUAUGAGACAGGAGGCAUUGGGACAUGAACCGAGGGUAAAUACAUUUCCAUUUGAACAACAAUCUGAAUUUUCAAGUUUUGACAAGAAUGACAACAGAGGCCAGGAAGCUAUCUCCAAACGCCUGUCAGUUGUAUCAAGAAUUCCCUUCACAGAAGAGCAGCUUUUCAGCAUUUUCGAUAUCAUACCAGGACUAGAGUACUGUGAAGUUCAGCGAGAUCCUUAUUCAAGUUACGGUCAUGGAGUGGUUCAGUAUUUUAAUGUAGCAUCAGCUAUCUAUGCAAAGUACAAGCUGCAUGGAUUUCAAUACCCCCCUGGGAACCGGCUGGGUGUUAACUUCAUUGAUGAUGGGAGUAAUGCCACAGAUCUCCUUAGAAAAAUGGCAUCACAGAUGGUAGCUUCACAGCUUACAUCCAUGGUCUGGAAUAACCCAAGUCAGCAGCAAUUACUGCAGUUUGGAGGAAGUUCUGGAUCACAGCUGCCUCAAAUCCAGACAGAUGUUAUCCUCCCAUCAUGCAAAAAAAAAGCUCCUCCUGAGACUCCUGUGAAAGAAAGACUUUUUAUCGUGUUUAAUCCUCAUCCUUUACCUUUAGAUGUAUUAGAGGAUAUAUUCUGUCGAUUUGGUAACCUGAUUGAAGUUUACCUUGUAUCAGGAAAAAAUGUGGGGUAUGCCAAGUAUGCUGAGAGACUAAGUGCUAAUGAUGCCAUUGCUACUUUACAUGGCAAGAUCCUGAAUGGAGUCAGACUAAAAGUUAUGCUGGCAGAUUCCCCAAGAGAAGAAUCUAACAAACGGCAACGCACUUACUGAUUCUUGAGGUAAGAGCUUCUUCAUCAGAACUUUAAAACAUACCAGCUAAUUAGCAAAGGGAAUAUACGUAAUUAUGUUUAUUUAUUAAAAGCACUUAAAAUUUUACUGAGAAAGAUAAGGAUGAGCUUUGUGGGGUUUUUUUACAAUAUGUUUUUUAAACAUAAGUUAUUCUAACUUUAAAAAUGUUUUUGACAUUUAUUGGAGGAAUAUUUCUACUCCAAUUCAACUUAGAAAAUUAAUUUUUAUCCUGUAAAUAUUUUAGAUUCUAAGAAUUGGAUUUUUUUUACUAUGUGUUUACAUAUACAUUAAUGAAAUACUUCUGAAGAUUUUUAGCUGGAAGAGUUAGUGUCUUGAGUUAUGAACUGAAGUAAUUUUAAGUUUUUAUAAAGAAUAUUUUGUUUUCUCACUAAUAAAGUGUCAAUAAAGCAAUAUCAAAUAAUACAUGUUUCCCAGGUUUCUCACACCUAAAUAUUGGUGUUUUCUGGAUUUAUAUUUGUGACUUUGUACAUUAAAAGUAUAUGUUCAGAAAAUCUUUUUGUGUGUAUAUAUGUGCUUUCUUAAAACCCUGUUCAUUGCUUAAAGAUCUCAUAAAUAGUGAUACAUACAGCAAGAUGAAAUUUUCUUCCUAUUUACUCUAGUUUUCAUGAAUCUAACUUCAUUCUUUGUUUAUGAUUAAAUCUCUGAGGCUUGUGAAAACAUUCUUUAAAGUUAGACUUUUUAGUUCUCUAAAUGAAUUCCAAGUUUCAGAGGAAACUGGAUUUCUUCUUUCCUGCACACAUAAGCUAGUCGAGUCUACUGCAGGUCAAAUGAAUCCCCUUCUCUUCUCCCUGAAGGUUUUCUUUCUGACCAGUGAUGUGAGGUAGCCAAACUGAGAAUACAUCCCCUCAGGUCAGGCUCACUGCUAAUGAGCAAGUCAGGUGGUUAGUUCUUCCUUCAUAGAAGAAGUACAGGCGGCAGUGCAGAGUACCUGAUAGGCCCAUUUUGAAUAAUCCUACUUUUAAAAUGUUUUAAUAACAAGAUCCAAUGUAAUACCUUCAUACAGUGUUAGCAAUUUAACCUUAGAAGUGUUAAAUUGGCAACAAAAAAAGAAUUAGCAAGCAGUUUUUCUUGUAUGUGUGUAAAAUGUUAAAAAGUGAAUUUGAUUUUGACAAAUUAUCUCUAAAAUACCUUGCAAAGAUUGUGUUUAUACUUAAGUUGACUGAGUGGCUCAAGUGGUAGGAUGCCUGCCUACCUAGCAAGCAUGAGGCCCUGAGUUCAAACACCAUACUGCUAAAUAAAUAAAUAAAUAUAUUAAUAUUGUGUUUAUUCCUGUCUGAAUAUUUUAAUAUAGUUAAGAGUUGAUUAUUGUUUUUGUUCAAUGUAGCUUUGUCCUUAAAAAGGACAGUAAUCCUACCUAGUAUGGAAAAACAUAGAAAUUAUUUUAAUGAUUGAAUCUUUCCUAGUCAUUAUUUACAUUUUAAAGAGACUAUUGACCUGUAAUUCCAGCAGUUAGGAAGUUAAGGCAGGAGGAUUUGAAGUUCAAAUCUAUUUAGGCUAUAUAGCGAGAGCUUGUCUAAAAACUAGAUAAAGAGAGAAUAUUUGACAUCUAGUUAUAUCUAGGUUAGAAUUCCAGCUCUGAUACUUGUUACAAUUGGACAGGUGUCUUCACCUUUCUGAGGCCGUGUUAUUAUGUAUUUCCUUCUUUACCCUGUUCUCCCCACCUGUACUUGAGAAGUGAUGAGACACCUUUGAGAUGCCAUCUUUUCCAAAAUAAUGACAUCUGAAUGGCCAGAAACUAAAAGUGCAAUGGAACAAAACUACCUAAUGGCCAACUGGCUUGUUGAGAACUAAGCUUUCUCAUAUCAUUUCCUUACCCUG